UUGACGUUCUAACCUUGUGCAUUUCAAACUUCGAUGCAGCCGUAAUCAUUGUUUACUUUCAGCGAAAAUGUUAAAUGAAAAACUGAUUGAGUUGAUUUAAUUGUCGUCAUUUUAGUAUAGAUAAGUACUCGCUAAGAUGGAGGAAUUAACGAUCGAGCAAGUGUUUUUAAUUCUAAAACCAGAAUGCGAGUCGUUUAUGAGUGAGCCAAGUGCGAAAAAGGCUAUGAAAAUUGCAGCCAUGGUGAACAGAACUUCAAAAGUAUUUCUUAAGAAAAUCUAUGAAAACAUACUGUUCCCGAUCACUCAUCACUUGAAAAACAAUACUCUUAGUAAAGAUGACAAUUUAGAAUUGGUGAAAACUAUUCGAGCUGUACUUUGCAAUAUAAGAGUAGAAAAUUUACUUGUGUUUGUUCAGAUUUACAAUUGCUUACGCUGUCAAAUAUGUCAAGAGAAAAGCACAAUGGAAUUGAUAGAAGCGCAUGAAGAGCUGAAAGAAGCUGUAGUUUUGUGUUUGAAAGAUCUUGUUGAGAGCUGUUCUUUACAUGUAAUUGAAUCUUUUUAUACACGACAGCAUGCUGCAUUACUGAGCCACGGCAUUUAUCUAUGUGUGAGACUAGCGAGGCUAGAAAAAUCUAACUCUUUACGAUUAGCUGCUGUAGAAGCUGUCAUGGCAUUAGUUCAAGUUCAUGAUAAAGCUGAUUCUCAGGAUAUUGUUUUACGUAGUCAAAUAGCUGAUGUUGUCAUGUUAUAUCUACCUGGAGUGUCAAGUGGAUUAUUGGAAGUUGCUCUUAGGAGUGACAUUCAAAAUCACAAAGUAACAAUGGUGGCAAUUCAGGCAUGGAGCAGAGCAAUGGCUCUGGUAAUGCAGGAUAUGCCACACGAAGAAGAUUGCGAUUUGACAGCCCCUGCAAUAACAUUGGAAAGUAUAAUGAAAGAAAAAGAUCUCAAUGAUAGUGAAAAAAUGAAACGUGCCUUAGAAACUACCAAAAGAACUCCUCAGUGGUAUUCUGCAGUGUCUGAAAAGUUUAAAAUUCUGUUUAAAGAAUUGGAUGUUUUAUCUGAACAUUCUCAUUUUAAAGUUAGAAAGGAGCUGGCUGUAGCUGUUAGUCUUUUACUCUUAAAUUGUUCAAGAAACAUGAAACCUUGUUUUCAAACUCUAUUGGAAGUAUUAAUAACGUUGUCGGAAGAUGAAAAUCAAGAAGUUUCUAAAACGGCAAAUGAUGCACUUCAAAAAGUGCAAGAAAAGUGCCUUCAAGAUAAAAAUAUGAAGACUGCAGUCGAAACGCUUGAAGAGAAUCUAUAUGAACUCUUAACGAAAUUACCACGCAUCAUAAGAACGUCUGGUGAAUCCGUGCAAAUAAUGUGGCUAAAUCGUUUAGCUGGAUAUUUAAAAGUACUUGGCAAGCAAAGAUUAUCUAGGAUUUUGCUCUCCACAGCUCAUUUACGAAAAUUGUUGGUUACUCUUGUCUAUAUAGCUGAACUUGAUUCUAGCAAUGUUUCAUUGUUGGAAGAUAUCACAACUACAAACUUUGAAGACUCCAUGUACCAAGGAGUUUCUCAUUCAUGGAAACAGUUUAAGUUUUUAUUUGAUGUUGCCACCAGUGAAAAAUUAUAUAGUAUAUUUAGGAUACUUGGAGAAUUCGGAGAUCAUAAAACAUUAGUGGACAGUAUUUUGAAAAUGUCAUUAGAUGUGCCUAAAUUUAAAAAAGAACUAACUUUGAUUCUAAAUACAAUAUUAGAAGUUCCUAGAGAUACAACAGUUGAAAUGCCAAUGUACAAAAAAGUCGUUGAACAUUAUAUAAAUCCUGAUUAUUGGAAUCUUCCAGUGAAAGUAUCUGAUGAAAUUACACUUCAAACUGCACAAAGUAAUAUUGUGGAAUGUUGUUUAAUUUUAGAAGGUUUGGGAAUAAUAGCUAAAGUUCUAAAAGAGGACUACCAAUGUUUUCUUCUAAAAACAUUGUAUUUAGUAAUUGAAAGAGCAGGAAGUGAACACAGUUUGAUACGUUUGCUUGGACUCCAAACACUUGAAAUCAUUGCAAAAUCUCAAAAUUUAGAAACAAUCGGAGAUCUAUUUCGAGUAAAUUUUGAUUACAUUUCCUACCAUGUAACGGUAAAACUUCGUAGGGUAGAAAGAAAUCCCGGGGUUUUAGAUGUUGUAGGAGUUGUAACUAAUUAUAGUACAAUGGAUUUCCUUCCACAUUUGAAGGAUAUUGUGGAUGACCUGCUCCUCCAAUCCGGUUCCAAUACUCAAAAACGAAAUGUUAGCUCAUUUUUAAAAGUAUUCUAUGCAUUUGUAAUAUGCGUCAAAAGACUGACGCUGAAUAAAGAUUCAAAAGAGAAUGACAAGUUCUUUGAUGAUUUGAGAUCUUUGAGGUCAGCUGAAAUAGUUAUAAAUUCCUUCUUAGAAUAUUAUAAUGCUAAAAAAGAUUCAUUGAUGAUCAAUGUUAAUGACAAGAUGGAAGUAGAUGAAGUUGCAAAUCUUGAAAAUAACUAUGAUAAUGUCUGUGACUUUAAAGAGGAUGAAAAUGAAGUAAAAGCACCUUACUUUGUCAAUAUGGUUAAAGAUAUCAUGAAGAGGUGCUUGCAUUUUCUACCAUCACAAGAGUUCACAGAAUCGUCCUUAUCAAUGUCAAUAUUGAAAGAAGGCGCUAUAAUUUUGAAGGAUUGGGAAAAUGAGUUAUUGCCAAUAGUGCAUGAACUUUGGCAUCCAUUGGUUGACAGAUUCCAAAAUCCAAAUCCACUCGUGAUAAAUUUAGCAUGGCAAUUACUGUGCUGUCUCGCUCAAGUUUCUCAAGAUUUUAUUCGAUCUAGAACUUUGAAACAAAUAUUUCCGCCACUUUCAAAAUUUUUGAAGAAUUCCUCUAAAGAAAGUUAUAAAAAAGAUUCAGGAAGUACUUACAAGUUUACACAGAUAUUUAAAUUACAGAAAGAAAUACUAAGUAAACUAGGAGGUCUCAUAAAGUAUUUAAAAUUGCUUGAAAAAGAUACAUGGGAUAUUUUAGAUAUAGCUGAGCCUUAUCUUGAUAGUUUACAACAUACAGAACUUCAGGAAUAUUGUGUAAAUAUGUAUAAAGAAAUUGCUGAAUAUAAUGCUGAUAUCGUAUGGAUCAAAUGCGUGGAUAUAUGGCAUCGGCAAGUUGAAACUGUGACACCACAAGAUGAUCUUAACACUUGGUACUCUAAUAUAAAAGAUUGCAAUGCGCAAUCAACCUUUCAACAUAAUGUACAAAAUAUUUUAGUGUAUAUUUAUGAUAAGCAGAAACUGCUGUAAUUUGUAUUAUUAUUUUUUAUAUAUCUUGUAAAUAACUUGUUAUAUAUGUUCAUUGUUUUUAAAAUAAAGUUUUCGUUACCUAA